UGGUAGCACUGUUACUGACAGAGUGUGAUUCCAGGAUUCCAGGGGUGUGGGAGGUGAGAGCAGCUGUGCUUGUGCUCGGCCUGUAUACACUGGACUGCACUGGACUCUUCCGUUUGCUCCACAGACACUCUGAGGAAAAUGUCCUGGAGGCGCCGGGCUGUGCGUCCUCCGAGAGCCGCUAGGGGGAGCCUUCACCCCGCGAGGGCCACAGUGACCUGCUCCUUCCCGGGGCCAGCUCUGCUGCGGAUGACCUGGGUGGCCGCUCUGUUCACCACUGCUCUGGGCGACUGUGGCCCCCCGCCCAUUUUAACCUUUGCUGCUCCAAUGACUGAGUUGAACAGGACAGACUUUGAGAGUGGAACUGUUCUGAAAUAUGUGUGCCGACCUGGCUACAUAAAGACAGGCUCCAACCAGUUCCUGACCUGUGAAGACUCAGGUGCCUGGAGGGACUCCAUCAACUGUGUCAAGAGACGAUGCAGACACCCAGGAGAAUUACGCAACGGACACGUGAUAGUUCAGACAGACUUCGCUUUCGGAUCUGAGAUAUCAUUCAGCUGUUUGGAAGGAUACAUCUUAAUUGGCCCAGAAACCAGCUUCUGUGAAGUCCAAGGCCGAGGUGUUGAGUGGAGUGAGCCUCUCCCAGAGUGCAUUGUUGCCCAGUGUGCACCACCUCCGGCCAUCAGCAACGGGCGGCACAGUGGAAAGGACAAGGAAUUCUACCCGUAUGGCUCCUCUGUCACCUACAGCUGCGACCCUCAGUUCUCACUGGUAGGAAAAGCUUCCAUUUCCUGCUCGAUGGAAAAUAAGACCCAAACGGUCUGGAUCCCAAGCCCUCCUACUUGUCAGAGAGUCACCUGUCCUCACCCAGAGGUGAGACAUGGGAAACUGAUGGCUGGCUUCCGAAGCACGUUCCAUUACAAAGACUCUCUUGAGUUUGACUGUGGUGAAGGCUUCCAGCUUGUAGGCAGCAGGGUUAUCCAUUGUGCAGCCAACGGCCAGUGGAGCCCCCCUCCUCCUGUCUGUGAGCAAAAAGCAUGCUGCCCGAAACCAGUGCUGAAGGGUGGCGAGGUCCUAUACCCGAGGAGACACAGCUCAGUCCAGAUGUGUGCCUACUUUUACGGAGAUACUAUUAGUUACCGGUGCUAUGGCAAGGACAACCACGAAUCCAGAUGCCAACGUGAUGGCACGUGGAGUCCGGAACCCACGUGUGAGAACAGCUGUUACUUUCCGCCUGACAUUGCCCACGGAUCUUACAGAAAGGUCAGGAACUUUCUAACGGAAGAGGUGCACUACACCUGCACAUCUGGGUACAAGCUGGUUGGACCGAGCAAGCUCACCUGCAGCAGAGAAGGCUGGUCAGAGCAAGCCCCUCGGUGCAAAGCUGUGUGCCUGAGGCCAAAGAUAGAACACGGACAGUUGUCUGAGAAUAACUCUCAGUACCUGGAACCUGCCAGCGUCACUGUCCACUGUGACUCUGGCUACAGACUGGUUGGUAACCAGACCAUCACCUGUUCAGAGGACAGAACCUGGUCCCCAGCGGUGCCCAGGUGUGAGUGGGAGUUCCCUGCAGGUUGUGAGCCUGUGGCCAAGGGCUGGAAGCUCAUGCAGUGCCUCCCCGACCCUAGAGAGGCAAAGCUGGCCCAGGAGAUGUACAAACUCUCCCUCGAGAUCCAACUCCUGGAACAACAGAUAGAGCAGGUCAGGACCAACAUGCUGCAGCCACCAGAGCUCUGCAGGUGUCAAGAGGACCCGGACCACCUCCACAGCUCUGACCCCGCCCAGAGCCAAUACGGACCCACACUGCCUCCAGAGCUCUACUGCAGGCCCUUCCCUGCCAUCGCUCACGGCUCCCGUCAGGACAUGAGCUCGUUCUUCUCCUUUACCACUGUGGUGCGGUAUGAAUGUGAUGAAGGAUAUCUUCUGGUUGGAGAGCCCAAAAUCUCCUGCAGAAACUCUCACUGGUCGGCCCCUGCACCCCGAUGUCGAGCUUUGUGUGCAAAACCACAUAUAGCACAUGGACAUCUAUCUGUGGAAAAGCACCAGUAUGUGGAGUGGGAGAAUGUGACUGUGCACUGUGACCCCGGCUAUGACAUGGUUGGCCCCCAAACCAUCAGCUGCUCAGACAACAGGAUGUGGGACCCAGAGGUGCCCAGGUGCGAGUGGGAGGUUCACACAGGCUGUGAGCCUGUGGCUGCAGGCAGGAGGCUCAUGCAGUGUCUCCCCAGUCCUGAGGACGUGAAGCUGGCCCUGGAGCUAUACAGACUCUCCCUGGAGAUCAAGGCCUGGGGCAAGCGUGAACCACUGGGAGGAGACAGUUAGGAAUCGAAUGUGGGCUCCCCACCGUGCUCCUGCAUCCUCCAGUGGAGGAGAGAACCAUCUCUCCUUGGCCGCCCACUGGCCUCUGACAGAUACCU